GGCUAGGAAAGUGUUAAAGCCUUUUCUUCUGUGUUAGGUGGUGCUGCUGAAGACAUAUAUUCUUAAGAUUUUCAGAAGCAGGAAGCAAAUAGGAGUGAAGUGAGGCUUGGAAUUAAAGGGAAGUUGUUUCUUGGUGCAUAGAAUUAUCAAAGCGAAGUAUAAGAUUUCUUUCCUCUCUUUUAAGCUAAUCAGCAAUUAUUCUUUUUAAUCAUCUCUUUUCUAGUUUUGUUUAUCUGGUUAACAUGAUAAACCAGUAAGGAACAGGACAACGAGCUAAUCAUUUCAGCCGGACAGGUUGAUGCUAUAUGGGAUGAGCUGAGCUUCAAUUAAUCCUCAGGCUGAAGCUUUUACUGUCAAGGAUGUGGCAGGAAAGCCUUUUCCCCUCUCUGCUUAGAGUCUGAUGAAUCUGGAAUUUGGACCUUUGGAUACGUGUGAUUGUAUAUUAACCUGAACUACUUGACUUCUGUGCUAGCUAGAUGUCUGAAUGAAUGUUUAGAACAAAGCUAGGGCUGUGGAGAAGAAAAAAAACUCUGAACUUAAUUUUAAUUAUCUCACCUUGUGAACAAAAAAUUAAUUACUGAUGCUAGCAGUCAGGGAUGGAGUUUUUUCUACCCAUUUAUCUUGUUUGACCCCUGAGAAGCAGGAGAGCAGUCGGUUACAAUCUUUGCCUUGUGUUGCAACUGCACUGGGCAGGCAGGCCUGAGAUAAUUGAGCAAAAUGAGAGAUUUGCAAACCCAGAGAAGUGAGGUUUGUUUGUUUGUUUGCCCAAUAUUCUGCUCCUGCAAAUCUGACAAAGAACUUAUUGUUCCAAUUGCUGAUGUUUCAACUUAGUUUUCCAUUCUCAGUCUGACUGUUUAGUCUAGAGCUGGUAUUUGUGCGAGAACGUGCUGAUGCUCUUGUUGUAGAGUGUGCUAUUGCUCUGAGGGCUUUUGGAUAUGAUAAAGACGGAACAACCAAAUCGCCUGCCAGGUGGCUUUUAUCUAGUUAACGUUUACUCCCACAUCCCUCAAGCUUUUAGUCAAGAUCUGAAAUCUCUCUGUUAAGAGAUUUCUUUUUCUUUCUUAUUUGAACUUAGUCUUUCACUUUACACGUCAGGCACCCUCAGGCAGGAGAAUAGUUGAAGAUACCCUAGUAAGAACUGUAUCUAGUGAGCAAAGCCACACAGAGAACACGAGCGUGUUGUCCAUUUGUGUUCCCUUUGUGUCUCCUUCUCCUUUCCACUUUGGAGCACUUUUUAUGUGCAACAUGUGGCUGCCUGUCUAGAUAAUUGUCCAGGUGUGCUCCUAAGGUCUGCGUGCUCCAAGUGGUUUUUACUUUGCUCUUGGCUGCUGGUGGUCUUGGGACAUGAAACAUGCUUGUAAAGGGGAGGGUCCUCACUUUCAUUAUGAAGGUCUUAGGUAUGUCGAACUUGCAGGCAAUUAGUACUUCUAUUUUAAUUUAACCACAGCAGCUUAAUUCAUAGCCAGCUGCUGAGCAGACAAGUCGAGCUGAGCUGCUUUAGAUUAUCAGAGUGGUCUCCAGUGGACAAUUUUUGGAAGUUAUUUUUGUUUAUUCCUGAUAAAAAUGACCAGUCUGGUUUUCAAGAACGUUCUGAAGGACUGUCUGUUCUGGCAAAGACUGUUUUGUUCUUUGUGCUGAAGUUAAGCUUAAUUUUAGGAAAAACAGAGCAUCAGCUGUUGCUGGACAGUGUAUCUGAGUGGAGAAUUUGUGUCUGUGGAUGGCUGCACUAGUAUGGAACAGCUUAUGGGAUUUGGCUUUGAGUUUCUGCCUCGUCCAUCUGCAUUGAUUUAAAACUAGCUGUGAAUCUGAGGUGCUGUUAUUUAUAGGUAUUGCCAAUCCCAGCAUUAGCAGCAGAGAGAUGGUACGGUUUUGUCACCUCAGGAAAAUGUCAUCUGCUAUAUGAUAGUUCCAACCUAAUCGCCCUGAGGAAAUUGAGUGGAUAAUGGCUUUUGAAUUUCUGUGUUUAUGUAUAUUGUUGACAUCUUGUGAAAGUCCAGUAUCUGAGCUUCCUUUUGCUGAGAUUCCAUAUUUGAGGUCUUGAGUAAUUUCCUGCUUGCUCAGCUGCCUUGGUCCUCCUGGUCUCCUCUGCUGCUUUUUGAUAGAGUUGUCAAUUGAUUCUUAAUUGAUUGUUAUUUUGGCAAACAAGAGCAGUAUGGUGCAGCUGCCUGGAGGUUAGAAAUCUGCUGCUGCUGCACAGCUGCCUGCCUGCCUGCCUGCCCCAGGACCUGGUGGGAAGGGGCCUUCCAAGGCCCACGUUGUUCUCCGCCUUCCCUCCACUGUGCAGCUUUUGCAUCAGGAUCUUUGGCAUGCAGUGACUGAGAGGUUGCAUGGUGAAGCCUUACUCUUCUGUGGCUGUCAAUGCCCACAUCCCUCCGGAUUAUCUUCUUAGGAUCUGUGAGAGACUUGGGCCGCUUUUAGACAAGGAAAUCCCACAGAGCGUCUUAGGUGUGCAGACCUUGCUGGGUGUUGGGCGCCAAUCUCUGCUAAGGGCAGCAAAAGAUUUCAGACAUACACUAUGGAAGGGAUCAGCAUUUGCAGCUCUUCACAGAGGCCGGCCUCCCGAACUACCUGUAAAUUAUGGGAAACCACCAAACGUGGUAAAUAUCCUUUCUGCACGGCAAUUAACUGGAUGUGGACGUUUCAGCCACUUGUUCCCAACAUCCACCUACCAACAGAUGAAGAUGCACAAGAGGAUAUUAGGGCAUCUAUCUUCUGUUUACUGUAUAGCCUUUGAUCGCAGUGGGAGAAGGAUUUUUACAGGGUCAGAUGAUUGCUUGGUCAAAAUCUGGGCUACAGAUGAUGGGCGCCUGCUCUCAACGCUGCGAGGACACUCAGCUGAGAUUUCUGACAUGGCUGUUAACUAUGAGAACACGCUGCUUGCAGCAGGCAGUUGUGAUAAGAUUGUCAGAGUGUGGUGUCUUCGAACCUGUGCCCCAGUCGCAGUCCUGCAGGGCCAUUCUGCUUCCAUUACUUCCAUACAGUUCUCUCCAGCAAGAAAAGGCACAACACGAUACCUCACUUCUACUGGUGCUGAUGGAACAAUCUGUUUCUGGCAGUGGCAUGCUAACACCAUGAAGUUUAAGGAUCGCCCUGUGAAAUUUGCGGAGAGGUCCAGGCCUGGUGUUCAGAUAUCUUGUUCAUCUUUCAGUUCUGGUGGCAUGUUCAUUGCAACAGGUAGUACUGACCACGUGAUAAGAAUAUAUUAUUUGGGCUCAGAGUCUCCAGAGAAAAUGGCUGAGUUGGAAUCUCACACGGACAAAGUUGUCGCAGUUCAGUUCUGUAACAAUGGAGACAGUUUAAGAUUUGUCAGUGGAAGCAGAGAUGGAACGGCAAGAGUAUGGCAGUAUCAUCAGCAAGAAUGGAAGAGUGUAGUCCUGGAUAUGGCAACUAAAAUGACAGGAAACAAUGUAGCAUCUGGGGAGGACAAGGUGACUAAACUGAAGGUUACAAUGGUGGCUUGGGAUAGAUAUGAUGCCACUGUCAUCACUGCAGUCAACAAUUUCCUUCUCAAAGUGUGGAACUCAUCCACAGGGCAGCUUCUUCAUAGCUUAUCUGGUCAUGAUGAUGAAGUUUUUGUUCUGGAGGCCCAUCCAUUCGACCAAAGGAUUGUACUUUCCGCGGGUCACGAUGGAAAUAUUUUCAUAUGGGAUAUAGACAAAGGAACAAAAAUUCGUAAUUACUUUAACAUGAUUGAGGGCCAAGGCCAUGGAGCUGUUUUUGAUUGCAAGUUCUCACCAGAUGGACAGCAUUUUGCCUGCACAGACUCUCAUGGACAUCUGCUGCUAUUUGGAUUUGGAUGCAGUAAAUAUUAUGAAAAGAUUCCAGAUCAGAUGUUCUUCCAUACAGAUUACCGUCCACUGAUCCGUGAUGCAAAUAACUAUGUUUUGGAUGAACAGACUCAACAGGCUCCACAUCUUAUGCCUCCUCCAUUUCUGGUGGAUGUUGAUGGAAAUCCUCAUCCCACGAGAUUCCAGCGGCUGGUACCAGGGAGAGAAAAUUGCAAGGAUGAGCAACUUAUUCCUCAGCUGGGUUAUGUAGCUAAUGGUGAUGGUGAAGUAGUUGAACAAGUCAUUGGGCAGCAAACUAAUGACCAAGAUGAGAGUAUCCUUGAUGGGAUGAUCAGAGAGCUACAAAGGGAACAGGAUCUAAGACUAAUUAAUGAAGGAGAAACUCUUCCAAACCCUCCACUCAAUAGAUCUCACUCUGUUAAUGGAGCUCUUCGAAGUCCAGCAUUGGAAAUUGCAUCUCCACCAAAUGUUGGUCUCCGGAGAAGUGGUCAAAUUGAAGGGGUCCGGCAAAUGCAUCACAAUGCUCCCCGAAGUCAAAUGGCAACAGAGAGAGAUCUCAUGGCAUGGAGCAGAAGAGUGGUGGUGAAUGAGCUUCCUCCAGGCAUCAGCAAGGUCCAGGAAGAAUGUCGAGCUGCCAAAGGUGAAAUUGAAAUUGGUUUAUACACUGUUGAAAAGAAGAGAAAGCCAUCCCAUACCUUACAACGGAAUGAUUACCAACCAGGAAGUGGAAGAUCUUUGAGAAGGAACCAGCGCAAACGCCAGCACGCAUACCAGACCCGCUCCACAAUAGAGCACAGUCAGCAAGGAGCAAGUCAAAACUCACGUGCACGAGAGGAGUCAGACAGCUCCUCAGAGGAAGAUGAGACAGUUGGCACAAGCGAUGCAUCUGUGGAUGAUCCUGUGGCAACAUGGCAAAGUGACAGCAGCUCCAGUGAUUCAUCAAGUGAAUAUUCUGACUGGACAGCAGAUGCUGGAAUUAAUCUCCAGCCUCCAAAGAGACAAACGAGGCAGGCAGCUCGGAAAAUCUGUAGUAGUUCUGAAGAUGAAAAUUUGAAGGGAACAAAAGGAGUGGAACAAAAACGAAGGAAACUAAAACAACCCAGAAAAAAGAAACCAAGUGGACUGCUUUCAAUGGAAGGGGAACCCAGUGAAGAAUGGUUGGCCCCGCAGUGGAUCUUGGAUACCAUACCCCGCCGCUCACCUUUUGUCCCACAAAUGGGAGAUGAGAUCAUAUACUUCAGGCAAGGCCAUGAAGCUUAUGUGCGGGCAGUAAGAAAAGCAAAAAUUUACAGUAUUAACAUGCAAAAACAACCAUGGAACAAAAUGGAACUCAGGGAACAAGAAUUUGUGAAGACUGUAGGAAUUAAAUACGAAGUUGGGCCCCCUACACUUUGCUGCUUGAAGCUUGCAUUCCUAGAUCCAAUCACAGGCAAAAUGACAGGAGAAUCAUUUUCCAUUAAGUAUCAUGAUAUGCCAGAUGUUAUUGACUUCCUUGUGCUGCAUCAGUUUUAUAAUGAAGCCAAAGAGAGGAACUGGCAAAUAGGGGAUAGAUUUCGCAGUAUAAUAGAUGAUGCUUGGUGGUUUGGAACUGUGGAGAGUCAGCAACCUUUUCAGGCAGAAUACCCUGAUAGUUCCUUCCAGUGCUACUCUGUUCAUUGGGACAAUAAUGAAAGAGAGAAAAUGAGUCCCUGGGACAUGGAGCCAAUUCCAGAAGGAACUGCUUAUCCAGAGGAGGUUGGUGCUGGAGUUCCUGUGACUCCAGAUGAGCUGACAGCUCUUCUCUACAAACCCCAAGAAGGAGAAUGGGGGGCCCAUUCCAGAGAUGAAGAAUGUGAACGAGUAAUUCGGGGAAUUGAGCAACUUCUUUCUCUUGACAUUUCUAAUCCCUUUGCUGUUCCAGUGGACCUUAGUGCCUAUCCCAUGUAUUGCACUGUAGUUGCUUAUCCAACUGACCUCACCACAAUCAGGAGGAGACUUGAAAACAGGUUUUAUAGGAGAAUCUCUGCACUGAUGUGGGAGGUAAGAUACAUUGAACACAAUGCCAGGACUUUCAAUGAGCCAGACAGUCCUAUAGUCAAAGCAGCGAAAAUUGUAACAGAUGUAUUACUUCGCUUCAUUGGGGAUCAGAGUUGUACAGAUAUAUUAGAUAUAUAUAAUAAGGUGAAAGCAGAAGACCUGAGCAGUACUGAUGAAGAGGAAGAGGUGGCAGAAGUAGAUGUAGAUUCAGAUGCUCCAGGAACUUCCUCUGGAAAACAACGACAGGUAAGACGACGAAUAAAAAGACAGCCCAUGAAAGGAAGUCCUGAUGCUUGGAAAGAGCAAUGCAAGCAGUUGUUAAACCUGAUUUACGAAAGAGAGGACUCUGAGCCUUUUAGACAGCCAGUUGACCUCUUCUCCUAUCCUGAUUACCGAGAUAUUGUUGACACUCCUAUGGACUUCAGCACUGUGAAAGAAACCUUGGAAGCAGGGAAUUACACUAGUCCCUUGGAAUUCUACAAAGAUAUUCGUUUAAUAUUCUGCAACUCUAAAGCUUACACUCCUAAUAAAAAGUCUCGAAUUUACAGCAUGACACUUCGACUAUCUGCCUUAUUUGAAAAUCAUAUGAAGAAUAUCAUCUCUGAGUACAAGUCAGCAAUGCAAUGCCAGAAGAGGAAAAGGCCCCGGUACCGAAAACGACUAAGAAGCAGCAGCAGUUCACCGUCAACAAGCAGAGCCUCUAGUCCAAAAGGGAAACAGAAGCAAAUGAAGAUUCAACCUAAAACCAACCAGAAUACCUCAUUACCUUUGACUCGGACCAGCUCUUCAGUUUCAUCUCAUGUUUCAGAUACAACAGAGGAACCUCUGGGUUCAGCCGCUGGUGAAGAAGUGGAAGUCCAGCCAUCUUCCUCAGGCUCAAAUGCACAGAACCGAAGUGGAAAUACCAUUGAUCCAGGGAAAGUUAAACCAAUCAGAAGUAAACUGACACCAGUGAAACAAGAACACCAGUUUGCAUACACAAAGCAUAAAGGUCAUCUCUGGUGGCUAGCUCAGAGUUGGAUCAUCUCCAGAGCAUGCCACAAAGACAUACGAGAUCACUCUCCUGAUGGACCACUUACAAAUGGUGAUGGCAGAGAACCUCGGACAGGAGUGAAGAGGAAGCUAAUAAGUACAUCAGAAGAUGAGCAUCUAGAGGAGGGAGAGGCAGAGGAAGAAGAAAAUAAGAAAAGAGAAUUAAAGGAAAAAUCUGGUUUGUCUUCAUCAGAAAGUGGGGAAUCAGGAUCUAGUUCAAGUUCUGAAAGCAGAAGUGGCUCUGAUUCAGACUCUGAAUCAACAUCUAGAACAGAUCAGGAUUACAUUGAUGGAGACCACGACUACAGCAAAGUUGUGCAAUCCAAAAAACCCAAAAGAAAAAUCAAAAGAAAAUUCACCAGUGGGAAAAGGACCUGGCAGAGCAGAGGGACAGGAAGGAGAGGUAGAUGGGGAAGGUGGGGGAGAUGGAGCAGAGGGGGAAGAGGUGGUAGAGGUGGAAGAGGCUGUGGCAGAGGAAGAAGAGGUGGUGGCAGGGGCGGAAGAAGAGGCCGAGGAGGCAGAGGAGCCUCACGAGGAGCCACCAGAGCAAAACGUGCCCGAAUUACAGAUGACGAAUUUGAAACUCUGUUUGGAGGACAAUUCAGUGAAAACGUGUUUGGAGGCCGAUUCAGUAGACCACCUCGAAUCAGAACGAGGAAUGAGGGCAGAAGAACUGUCCUGUAUAACGACGAUUCUGAUAAUGACAAUUUUGUGCACACCGAGGAUCCUUUGAACCUUGGUACUUCCAGGUCAGGCAGGGUGCGGAAAAUGACAGAAAAAGCCAGGGUCAGCCAUCUCAUGGGAUGGAAUUAUUGACAGAUGAAAAACUUUGGAACAAUUUUAAAAAGAACUUCAAUGGCCUUCUACUGCAGGGAUUUUACCAGAAAAUCUACCAAGCAAGUUGUGCGGGGACUCCACUCACGUUUCACAGUGGUGCUUUUCCAUUAUGUCAGUUUGCAUUUGUUUUAAAACUUCAGAUUGCCACACUUCAUUGGUCAAAGCAAGCCUUAUUCAUUAGGCCUUAAAUUACAGAAAUUCUUCCCCACACACUACGAGUUCAUCGCAUUAAAGAGGCUUCCAGCUUCUCAAUAAGAACGUGACAUUUUGAAUCAUGGUUAUGACUUCUCUCCCUUGUUUUGUUUUUGUAUUAUAGAAAUAGCACCUUCUUACAGAGUUUUUAUGUGGUUUUUGCCAUGAAUCCUUAUACACAGUAAUAAUUAUAACUUUUGCACAAUACACCAAUCCUAAAGGCAGCUAUAAAAUGUUUACAGUUUCUAUAUUGUAAGAAGGAUCUGGAUUAUUUUAAUCUUCCCAGGCCAAGCAGUUGUGAAUUGUGCUGAACUGAAGUAUGUCUAUACUACAGUUAUGAGGGUCCUGAUGUGCUUUCUAUCGGUUCUUUAUUCGUGUAAAAAGUGACUAAGGGUUGGUGCCUUGUAAAUAUGUAGCAAACCUUUGAUGUGGUGUGUCCUAUGUGUGCAUUAACUUUAUUAAAAAGAGAAUACUUGAGAAGUAUGAAUAUCUAGACAAAAGGUGCCAAAUGCAAAAGUUACUUGCAUCUAUUUUCUUUUUGUCCUCUCAUAUUUUUAUAGUAUUAAUAGAGAUUGUGCAGCUAAGUGGUAACUUCAACAUUUGAAAGGUUCCUCCUCUUCGAAGCAUAACGUGAUUUUUGAUAGUAGCUCGGCUACCUCUAUUUACAACUACUGGAAAUUUAAAAGAAAAUAGAUGCUAUUAUUCAGUACGUGUUGAAGAAGUACUGGCAAGAAGGAGCUGUAGAAGGAUGGAAUUGUUCACUGAGUUGUGUAGUAAAGAUAUCUUUAUUGACACAACGAAAACAAAUCUAAGUAGUUAUCAGAGUUUUCAGAAGCGUAACGCUUUCAGCAGACGGCAGUUUGUUGGUGCAGAUAGGCCAACUGUCUCCCACACAUUUCUGCUGCCACUUACUCAGUGCAAAUCUGUGUUUGUUUUAGUUUGCCCCUUGAAGCUGCUGGGGAAGCAGAAUGGAACUCUGGUGGCUGGCAGUGCUGGGAAGUUGCUAUUCCAUCCUCCGCAAGAACUCUGGUAUCUCAAGCUUCCAGAAGCAAAUUCAUGUUGCACUGUAUUGUUGUGAUACUGCAGAAUGCUAACUUGAAAUCAGAAAUCAUUUUGGUAGUAGCAGUAGUAGUAGUAGUAGUAGUAGUGGUACAGUAUGUGAUGAUACGAGGGAAACAUAGAGGCUUUUCUGUGGGUGCCAGACCCAGCAGCCAGGAGCAGGCGCUUUGCGUGGGCUGAGCUGGUGGUGGCAGCCUCUUUGCUCAGCAGGGUCUGCUUGGAAUGCGUGUGGGACUUUGGUUUUCUCCUGUUGUCUAAAAGAAUCUGACAGUUCCAGCUCGGUUGAGUGAGUUAGGUUACACCAAGAGAAGAAAAGGGAAAAAAAAAAAAAAAAAAAAGAUUAGAAAUUUUUGGUGGAGUUUUUCAAUAUUCUUUUUAAAAACAACAGACAAAAACUUUCAUCCAGUAUCCGUAAGUUCUUCUGUGCACGGCUUGGUCAAUGAUUCUGGAAAACCUCAGGCAGCAAAGAGUAACCCAUGUAUAUUCUCAAAUGCAGAAAGAAUUUAGUUUUUGCCUCUCUAUAUUAAGCACUAUCUGUUUUAUCUCGCUUUCCAGAACCUCGUUAGAAACAAAAUGACUUGAAAAAAGGCAAAGGUUUAGUUUUGUGAUGGAGGAAAGUAUACCCUAAAUUGCUCAGAGCAUUAGUAGGAGUUAAUGGUACAGUAGAAAAAUCACACUUUAUCAACUGUUUUGAAUCAGCCAUAAUCCGUUUCUGAACUUAAUUCAGUUGUGUCUUGGUGGAAAUAUAGUGCAGAGACACUGCAAGUUCUGUACUAGGCUUUAAAGUAUAAAUACCUGUCCUAUCAUCUCUCUCUCAUUUUAUAUAUAUAUAUAUAUAUAUGCUUAUAUAUUUAUAAAAAGAAAAUAAUGUAUUAUUUCUUUGACUGAUGGCUCCUCCUACAUAUGGUAACCAGGAAUAGCACGUACACAUCAGCUCAUAGUCAGAGCCGUACCUCUUUUAGAUCAGUCCUGUUGAGCUAAUGUAAACACUAUGGUUUCUGUUCUAAAGCCUGAAAAUCUUGAAAUGCAGAAGAAAUGUUUUCCAUAUAUUUCUGACUGGCUGAAGAUCCACUUACAUAUUUAUUUUGUGUAGGGGUUGGGGGGGGGAGAUAAUUACAUGGAUUCCAGAUAAAUCAUUUUAUAAUUUGUGUAUUUUAGCAACAGUUAGGAUAAUAUUAAACAUAUUCUCAAAUGUAUCUUUUCUAUGUAAUGAAGUACUGUGAAGAUAACAGUGAAGCAUCACUUUGCUGUGGCGUAAGUAUUAAUCAUAUGUGUUACAUGGUUAAGAGCUAGGCAGCAGGGCGUGCUGGAACAACAAAGCUAUUGCUUAUUUAAAAAGAGAACAAAAAAAAACUGCUUUUUUUGUGCAUGAGAACUUUUUUGUAAGCAUGAAAAAUAACUUGGUUUUAGAGAUGUUAUUUUUACUCGAUUCUGUAUCUGGAUUCCUUCUCUGAGUUGGGCAAACGAUUUCUCAUCGCCUCAUUCUGUGGGAUGAUUUUAAUGUUAUGGCAACUUGGAUUCUUUCUCUCAAAUCCCAGAUGCUGCCAGGAGCCACUUAUUGCUGCAGGAAGCCCUGCGGGUGCAGCAGCAGUGAGCUGGUUUAAGCCUUGUGCUGUCUACUCCAAAAUUGGACCUAAGAGAAAGGUUUGUGGGCUUGGUUAUUACAUCCCUGAAGGCUAGCAAGGCGUGUGUGCAGGCCUGGGGCUCCUCUGCUGCUGCUGGUUAAUUCUUGAGCUUCUGUUCUGCAAGAUGCAAGCAAGGUUUUCUCUAGCCGUGAUAGGCCAGGCGUUCUCCGGCUGCAUGGCCCUUCUCCUGAGUGCUGGAGACGUGGGGGCACUCUGAGCUGCCCUGGGAAAGGGGCUUCUGCCCAACGGGUCACUGCAGCGGAUCCUCACCCCCAGCUUUGUGCUCUGUGGUGAUGGGGCUGAAAGUCUGUAUUCUUGGAUUUCUCCUGGCUACAGAUCUGCUCUCUGUACCACUCCCAUAUUUCCCUGGACCAGAGUGUGAAUGACCAAGCUCCCUUUGCAGUUCUGAUGUGCUGCUGCAUCUCUUUUUACCUGAACUUUGCCAGCAUUUGAUUUUCUGUCUUUUGCUUUUCCACUCGUUGUGUUCCACCCCUCUUCUUUAGCUUCCUGUUAUUGCCCCAUCGGUUAUUUAUGAUACUUUUGGAAUUCUGUGGUAUCUCAAUGGAUUGUGUUUCAGCCAGGCUGUUAGAGUGUAAGACUUCAUUCUUUUGCCUCCUGUUUGUCUGGCAGAUGAACUUUCCCACCACUCCCCAUGUUUUUCAUAUCUUCCUCUCUCAGUGUCAGCACCAUUCCCCAGCUGCUGGAGGUGCCUGGGAUGCAUCCAUCGUCUCUCCUCUUUCUCAUCCCUCUCAUUGCCACUCUUAUUAAAAAAGAGUGAGUCCACUGUGCUUGCUUCAUAGGGCUUGGAACAAUCUUGGGUUAUGCUUUCCAGUAAUAGAAGUUUGCUGUGGCACUGUAAGCUGAGGUCACUCCGUGUCCCGGGCGGCUCCACCCUGCAGGUGAGCCAGGCAUUGAGGCACUGAGAAGUAAUUUGUGGAUGGUUUUUCGGUUGCCUAAAAUGUUGUACCUUUUGCAUAUCUUGGUUUUCCCUGAACGUUCUCUGAAACGUACGCCUCAGCUGCUACUUCUGCACAAAGCAUGCCGAGCCCUGGGAAGAACAGGCGUUGUGUGCUAGCAAAAAACGUGUUCAAUAUGGAAAGAUAGACUGAAAUAUAUUGCUUUUGACAAUGGUGGAGGCUCUGCUGACCUCAAAAAGCAAGAUAACCUUGGCAAGCAUUGGGGAAUACUGCUCCCACAUGUCUGACAACUGCUCAAAAUCACACACUGCUAAUAUAAGGGGAAAAGAAGCUGGAAUCUCUGAUUUCUGAUAAGAGCUCAAGGUUUCCACCUCAUCUUUAACUUUGGGUGGUGAAGGUUGGGGAAAGCCAAAUAGCUGUUGGUGUAGGGAUGUGUUGGCAGCCCCACGGGGCAUUGCUGAGCUGUGUCACGAGUUCCAUGUUUGAGUGGUGUGUUUGUGUGCCUGCAGUUCUUGAUUUACUUCUUUUAAUUGUCACGGCAAAGCUUUAUGAGUUGCUAAUUACAGGAUAGACCGAAGGAGCAGUUACCAACCCGAGCAGAAAUCUCCAUUAGGACCAUAGGGAGCUGUCAUUGUGUUCUUACAAGUAUGUAUUAUAGAAAAUUACUGCCCAUGUGCGAUAGAUAAUUUUCCAAUAUUAGUAUAUCGGAGGUGUACGCCUUUGGGGAAAAAAAAACAAACACAAAAAAACUUCUUUCUGUACAGUAACAGCCUGCAAAACUUAAUCUAAAAGUUGUCUUCUUUAGCAUUAGAAAUGCAGAGACCUGUUGGGAGCUUCUUCAUGUUUAAUACGUUACGUUCGGCCCACAGCAAACGUACGCAACUGUGCUAUGGAUCCCUGAACGUUCCCAGUGGAAUUGCUGUCACAGCCUUAACUCUAGUAUUAUACAAAUGGUGCUUAAAUACAUUUAUGUGCAUGGAUGUGGGUACCUGAUACAAGAACUCAAAACGGAGCAGCUUAGCGCUGCAUUGGAGACUCGCUACUCCUGGGAAAUAACUGCAGCCACGUUGGUGAACUUCCAGAUGUGGAGCUCUCUGGAAAAUACGUAACCUCGGGGACAGUUAAGGGCAGUCGCUCCAUUCUCGGGUUGCUUUUUGCAUUGGCAGAGCUGGGCGGGAUGGGACAGGGGCUGCUGCUCUGGAAAACCCCAGAUGUAUUCAGAAAUCUGAGUCUGGUUGUUCUUUUUUUCCAUAGAAAUAUCAAUAUAGGCUUUUCAUUCCUACAUGCGUUGUUAUAGCAGACUUUGCUUAGAAGUACCGGUCCUUACCGCUGGUGUUGGAGCAGUGACAUUCACCACAUUUAGGCUCUACAGUUCAUGCUCUGGAUGACUUCAAAUACUCCAAGAAUGCACAAAGCUAUCAGAAUUAUAUACUUUCUCUCUUGAUUUGUGGUUUUUUUUUUUUUCAGGUGAUAUUUAUGCCCAUAUCUUCACAUCCGCUAUCUCAGGUCCCUUUAAAUGAAUACUUCAGGGAUUUUGAUGCCAUUUGUUGGCAGACCAAAUGUAAUAUUUAUAUGCAAUGAGCUGUUAGUUUUUGUAUUGUACAAAUGUAAAUUUGUAAAGAUUUUUUUCUAGAGUUUUUUUGAAGUCACUUAUGUAAUCUAGGAUGUUUCAUUUUCCAGCUGUGGGAUUGUCUUAAUAAAAAACAAACAAAAAAACAAAGCAGAGAAACUGA